AUGAAUGAUGAACCUAAUGAAUGCAUGAAUGAGAUUACUGACGAAAACAAGAAUGAGGCUAAUCUUAUUGAAGAUUUUAAUGUAGACAAUGGGACUUCAAACAUUUAUGAGCCAAAGCUCAAAGAAGUAGUUGAAAACAAUGAAGAUAAGAAUGAGAAUGAUGAAGAUGAACAAAUUAAUGAAGACCAUGAAGAUUUGAUGAAUAAUGAACCUAAUGACUGCAUGAAUGAGAUUACUGAUGAAAACAAGAAUGAGGCUAAUCUUAUUGAAGAUUUUAAUAUAGACAUUGGGACUUCAAACAUUUAUGAGCCAAUGAUGCAAGAGAACAUUCGACGUAUUGAAAGAGGUGAAAUUCAUUAUCAUUAUCUUAGUCAUAAUAUCCAAAAUGAAUUGAUAUUGGUGUUAGCUGGUGAAGUGAAAAGUACAAUCAUUAAAAGAAUCAAAGAAGCAAAAUAUUUUUCAAUGAUACUUGAUUGCACUCCAAAUGUGGAUGAUACUUGGCUUUUUAGUAAACUUAAAAAGGUAUUGAAUACACCCGAACUUGAUAUAAUGGAUAUAAGAGGACAAGGGUAUGACAAUGGCUCUAAUAUGAAAGAUUUUUUGAAGCAUGAUGACAAAUAUGAUAUUGAUGGAAGGGAUUUAUUUUUAGAAUUGAAGGUAUUAAGAGCUUUUUUAACUGGAGAAAUCAAAAAGCCAAUUGAUGUGGUGAAUUAUUUGAAACUAUUAGAUGGUUGUUUCCCAAAUAUAUGGAUUGUGUAUCGAAUAUUACUGACUAUACGAGUUACAGUUGCUUCUGGAGAAAGAAGUUUUUCAAAAUUGAAGUUGAUUAAAUCUUAUCUUCGAUCAACUAUGUUGCAAAAAAGAUUGAAUGGAUUAGCAAUUUUAUCUAUUGAAAAAGAUUUAGUUGAUAAUUUGGAACAUGAAAGGUUGAUCAAUAAUUUUGCAGCUAAAAAUACAAUAAGGGUGAUGUUCAAGUGA